AUGGCCUCCGUCUCAGAGCUCGCCUGCAUCUACUCUGCCCUCAUUCCGCACAACGGUGAGGUGACGGUCACGGAGGAUAAGAUCAAUGCCCCCACUAAAGCAGCCGGUGUAAAUGUUGAGCCUUUCUGGCCAGGUUUGUUUGCAAAGGCUUUGGCCAAUGUCAACAUCGGGAGCCUCAUCUGCAAUGUGGGGGCUGGUGGACCUGCUCCGGUAGCUGGCGCUGGACCAGCAGGAGGUCCUGCCCCAUCCACCACUGCUGCCCCAGCUGAGGAGAAAGUAGAAGCAAAGAGAAGAAUCUGA